UAGACCAACCUGCACCUCCUCCAAACACAGCAGUCAUGGGUAUGAUGGACAUUGCCUGCGUUGUUUUCGCUGUCUCUGUCGCCAUCCCAGGCGCGUUGUGUGGUGUGCCUCACGCGCAGCCCAGUGAUGAUGGGAAUGUUUGCAUCCAGAAGCAGGAGGACGAGUUCUGUUUCUCAUAUGACCGCAACAACGAGGAGUUUGGGCCUUUCUCCUGGUUUAAAGUGCGGGAUACACGGAAGUGUUUUCAUGGCGUCAACCAGUCUCCGAUCUACGUGGACACUGACAAGGUGCGACGCUCCUGUGGCCGGACCAAACUGAGAUAUUGCCCCGUGGGUCAGGUCACUGGAUUAUUUGAGAACGAUGGGUACCACCCUAAGCUGGCUGGAGGUGAUAUCGGCAAGGCGAAGCUCAACGGUGUGCCCGGAUUCGAGAAUGUGGACUUCGAGCUGAACUCCAUCCAUGUCCACAUCGGGAAGGAAGGGAAACGCAGAGGUACCGAGCACGUCAUUGGGAGAAAAAGCUACGACGCAGAGAUGCACAUUGUCCAUGUACGUGAAGGCUCACAAGGAAGCGGCGAGAAGGCGGGACUCGCCGUCAUCGCCAUCUUCCUCUCGACCACGGAAGGCGAACAUAACUGUGAGGUGGACGCUAUGCUGAACAAAGUGCAUCGCAUACAGGAGUAUACGGGAGGCCCAUUGUGUGAAGGAGAGCCGGAUUCUGGCUGCGCACAUCAUGCUUCAGGGGACUGGGAAUGUGGUGGCAUUCGUCAUGCCAUCAGGCCGGAACUUCUUCUGUCAUCGCAAGUAACGAGCUGUGGCUACUACUACUACUACGGAUCUCUGACCACGCCCACUCUUUCCGAAAGCGUGUUAUGGCAGCUGAUAAAGAAACCUAUCAGGAUCUCACGAGCUCAGCUGAAGGCCAUCAAGAACACACAUACUCAUUUCCCUGGGGUCCUUAUGAAGGAAUUUGGCAACCUGCGACCUCUUCAGAACCUCAAUGGCCGUACCAUAUACGCAAAUAUAUGUGGUGAUGAAAUUGAUGACUGAUGACGCGGAUUGAUAAAGUGAUCGGUGAGAUGCCAAUGCCUAAUUUCAGGAUAGUCUAUGGGACGUUUUGUUUUUUCUUACUGAUGUGACGUUCUAUAGCCACAUGAAUCUUGUGCAUUGGCAAUGUUCUUGCUCACGAUGCCAAUCACUGGAUUGUCUGGUCAUGAUUCGAUUAUUUACAGACCGCCGUCAAAAGGUUGGAAUAUUGCAGAGUUCGGCGUUAAACAAGAAACAAAAAACCCACAAAAACAACCAAACAAACAAACGUUGGCAAUGUGAACAUGAACGCUUUGGUCACCCAAGUCACUAGACAAUAAACUCUGAGCUUGCAAUGUCUCUUGUUUUGCUUUAAACCACCUAUCAAAGAAGCAAAUUAAUCAUCAUGUACACACGGCAUAGUUACAAUAAAAUGCUAUGGCCAGAAUAUGUUUCUUAGAUCAGGGAGAUUAUACAAAGACUUAUAUGCUUAGAUUAACCAACCAGUCAAAUGACAAAACAAACUAAUUUUACAGAACAGCCACAUGCAUUAAUUGUGUAUGCAAAGAACCUAGGUCCCAGUUACAUGGCGGACGAACCAAUUUAAUAGAACAGCAACAUGCAUGCGUAUUGUGUGUGCAGAGAACCUAGGACCAAGUUUAAUGAUACAAUUCUAAUGUAGCAAACAGCAACAUGCGUGUAUAUUGUGGAUGGAAAGAACCUAUAUCCCAGUUUCAUGACAAAGUACUUAUUUAACAAAACAGAAACAUGCAUGUAUAUUGUGAAUGCAAAGAACCUAUA